CGCGCUGUGGCGCAGGCGCGGCGGGCCGGCAUGGCGGCGGCUGCGGCCUUGCUGGCCCGGGCCGCGGGCCUGGGGCUGGGGCUGGGGCUGGUCACGGCCGCGGGCGGGCGGCGGCUCCUCCGCUGCGGGACGGGAGCGGGGCUGCGCCAGCGGGGCACGGGGAGCCUCCUGGACGGUGCCGUUGUGUGCAGGGCCGGCGGCGCGGCGGAGCGCUGCCUGUCUCGGGGGACCAGCUCGAAUCAGCGGCCGAAGCGGCCCCUCACCGCCUAUUUUCGUUUCGUGAUGGACAACCGUCCGGCCUUUAGGGAAAAAAACCCAGCCAUAUUGCAUUACAUGUGCAAUGCAAGUUUUGUAAAGUUGUUCUGCUCUCGUAUGGUGUAUGAGGAAGCAAUAAAGACAGACUGGAAGAAAUACGGAGAGCAGAUGGCUGCUUAUAAAGCCCAGCUGACUCCAGCCCAGGCUGCUGCUCUGAAAGAGGAAAGGAGAAAACAACUGGCAAGGAGGAGAUCAAUCAGGGCAAAAAGAGAAUUGAAUCUGCUUGGAAAACCUAAAAGAGCUCGUAGUGGCUUUAACAUCUUCCUGUCAGAAAAUUUUCAAGAAAGUGAGGGAAAUUCACCUGUGGCAAAGCUGAAGAAACUAUUUGAUACGUGGCAAAAAAUGUCUGCUUCCCAAAAGCAGCCAUACUUGCAGCUUGCUCAAGAUGAUAAGGUUCGGUAUGAGAAUGAAAUGAAAUCAUGGGAAGCAAAAAUGAUUGAACGGGGACGUGAAGACCUGGUGCGUUCCAAAAAGCAAAGGUUAAGAAAGAAACCUGCUGAAACUGCAAAGCAAACUGAAACAGCCAAAGCCAAAGCUUCCUCAAGUGGAAAAAAGGCAAAAUUAAAAAAAUCGGAAGAAUAAAAAAUCCCCUUCGGUUGUCUUAUUUCUGUCCUGCUGCAUUAAUGCUGCAGUCAGCAUUAGCACUGAAAUGUGGAAAACCCAUGAAGGGCCCUUUGGAAAGGUGAUCAGGUAAGAGAGGAGCUACUGUCUCUCAGAACUGACUGAAAUAAUCACUGCAGGUGUAGCCUGAACUGUAGAAUAGCAAUUAAUCAAGCUGUGAAAUGAUACCCACUGACAUCAGCAGUGCUCUCCAGUAACGGUUGAUAAUAUCCAGCUUUUAUAAGGUAUUUUUUAAUGAAACAAUAAAAAAUAUUCUUUAUCAAAGAAAGAAUAUUCUGCAAUGUUACCAUCUAAAUUCUGUAAAUAAGAGCUGAAAUCUGAGUUAACACUGCUGUGUUUUAUUCCCUCCUUGUUAUUGCUAGUGAGAUGUUCUACAUUUCAACAGACACAAGAAACACAAAAUGCUAGCUUUUAUUUUAUGCAUCUGUCUUUUUGUACCUGUUAAUCUGUGUAUGCCACUUCUGUUGCGUUUAAAGACCAUGUGAGUUUUGUAUAAACGUACCUUUCUUGGACUUUGAUUUUGUGGUUUUGUUUGGAUACAUACAAACAUUUUUGUCUUGCUGUUGUCACAUUUGGGGCAACCUAGAAGGAAAAGAAUUAUGUGAACUGCUUGGACUUUGAGUUUUGGUGUAAUAAACACAGGUAUUUUGAA